UCCACCCCCACCCCCAAUAUAAAGAAUUGGGGAAGAGACGGGGGUGGUGAGAGCUGGGCAAGGGGUUUUUCCAAGCAGCGGUUCUGUGAUCUGUAUCGAGGAAGAACUUGGAGAGAUCUGGGGAGAACCUUGGCAUGACUGUUUAGAACUUACCAUCCGUUCUAGAAUUUUCCUGAGUGUGACGCCAUUUUUGUGAGGUCAGCCAAGGAUGAAAAUGGAGGAGCAAGACUUGACCAGCCGUGUGCUGGGGAAGGCGUCCGAGGGGACAAGAAAAGACCCUCAUGUCCUCCAGACUGGGACUAUCGGGGAAUACCUGCAAAGGACACCUGCAGAGGAGAUUAAGCAGGAACCGGAUGAGGGUUCACUUCAGCAGUGGGAAGCCCAGUGGCAAGAGUUCCUGAAGACAGUGGAAGUCCCUCACUCAGAUCGGGCAUCCUCUAGCUUGCCGCAGGAGGCGUGGGACAACAGUAAGGCUUUCCUGGCUUCCUUUGAGCAAGUGGCUAAAGCUUGUCGGUGGCCAAAGGAAGAGUGGGCAGCCCGACUCUUGCCAGCUUUGAGUGGCGAGGCCGAGCAGGCCUUUGGUAGACUGGAGGCAGGAGACAGAGAGGAUUAUGGGAAAGUAAAGGCAGCCAUCUUGCGAGCGGAUGUCAUGAGGCAGGAGGAGCAGCGUCAGCGCUUCAGGCGCUUCUGCUACCAGGAGGCCGAAGGGCCGAGGGGGGCUCACAGCCGACUCCGGGAACUCUGCCGACAGUGGCUGAAAGUCGAGAGCUGUGCUAAGGAGGAGAUCCUGGAUCUGCUGAUCCUGGAGCAGUUUCUGACCGUCCUGCCACCAGAGAUCCACUGCUGGGUCAGGGAGUGCGGCCCGGAAAAUUGCUCCCAGGCGGUGGCCUUGGCUGAGGACUUCCUGCUGAGGCAGCAAGAGGCCAAAAGACAGGCAAAGCAGGUCACAUUUGAAGAGGCGAAGGCAAGUUCCCCUGAAGCAGCCCAGGCUGUGUCCGAUAUCGAGCAAAACCCUCUGUGUGUGGAGACCAAGCAGGAAGAUAACAGGGACGCCGGCCUAUUAGGUGAUGUGUGGAAAAAAGAGAAUGAAGGGGAACCAUGUGGGAAUUUCUUAGGAAGAAUCGAGUAUGAAGAGUUGAAAGAUAAUUUUUGGAGUCAAGGUAGAUCAGCGAGCCUGGAAAGAAAUCACGUGGAGGAGAGGAGGGUUAAGUCUAUGCCUUAUCAAGGUGGAGAAAUCUCAGCCCAGCGGGAAAACGAAACAGAAAAAAGAGGGAAUGCAUGCCCCAGUGAUCAUUGGGGAAUCCACACAGAAGAGAAACCAAAUAAGAUCUUAACAUUUGGAAAGAACUUCAUUGAGAGCAGAUACCUUACUGAAUCUGAAGCACUCAAAAAAGGGGAGAGCUCUUAUAUAUACCUGGACUGUGGAGAGAACUUGAGUCACAGCACAGCUCUCAGAUCGCAUCAAGAUAUCCCCACAGGUGAUGGGCAAUAUAAAUGCUCAGAUUCGAGCGAGAGCUUUUGUGAUCAAUCCAGCCGUCUUAAGCAUCCGAGAAUCCAAAAAGGGGAGAAGCUGUAUAAAUGCUUGGAGUGUGGGAAAUGCUUCGGUCGUAGCGCACACCUCACCUCACACCAAAUAAUCCACACAGGGGAGAAACCGUAUCAGUGCUUAGAAUGUGGGAAAAGCUUCGUUCAGAGCGCUCACCUUGCUUCACACCAAAUAAUCCACACUGGGGAAAAGCCAUACCAAUGCUUAGAGUGCGGAAAGAGCUUCAACAAGAGCACAAACUUCCUUAGACAUCAGAAGCUUCACAAAGGGGAGAAGCCACACAGAUGCUUGGACUGUAGCAAGAGCUUCUCUGACAAACCAAGUCUUAUUCAACAUCAGAGAGUCCACACAGGGGAGAAACCCUAUAAAUGCUUGGAAUGUGGAAAGAGCUUCAGUCACAGGGGGAGCCUUAGUGCACAUCAAAGGAUGCACACAGGGGAGAGGCCAUAUACAUGCUCUGACUGUAGCAAGAGCUUCCGCGAUCAAUCGAGCCUUAUUAGGCAUAAGAGAAUCCACACUGGGGAGAAACCAUAUACUUGCUCAGAGUGCGGAAAAAGCUUCAGCCAGAGCACCAACCUGACUUUACACCAGAGAAUCCACACCGAGGGGAAACUCCCCCAUGAACCUGCCCAUAUGCUUGAUACAGGUGUGGCCGUCUUAGUUUUUUCAGCAAAUCCUACAAACAGUCUGGUGGCAUCUUAUAAGAGAACUCACACACAGGAGAAACCAUAUACAUGCUCAGUGUGUGGAAAGGGCUUCAAUUACAGCAAAAGCCUUGCUUCACACCAAAGAAUCCACACAGGAGAGAAACCGUAUAACUGCCAGGACUGUGGAAAGGGCUUAUGUGAUCAGUCAAGCCUUAUUAAACACAGGAGGAUACAUACAAAGGAAAAACCAUAUAAAUGCUUUGAAUGUGAAAAAAGCUUUAGACGGAAGAGCUUCAGUUACAAGGCAAGCCUUAGUUCUCAUCAAAGCAUUCACACAGGGGAGAGGCCAUACAAAUGCUCCGACUGUAGCAAGAGUUAUUGUGUUCAAACAAGUCUUAUUAAGCACAAGAGAAUUCACAGAGGAGAGAAACCAUAUAAAUGCAUAGAGUGUGGAAAGACCUUCAAUCACAGCACAAGUCUUACUUCCCAUCAAAGAAUACACACGGGAGAAACCAUACAAAUGCUUAGGAUGUGCCAAGUUCUAAAAAGGGGCAGCACUGAAACUGAGGAGCAGGAAGCUGACAGUCAGUGCCAUCCUCUGGGCUGGAUCAUGGAAGGCAGGAGGGUCUUUCUCAUCCAGCUCCUGGCUAACUGGGCAGAGGAAGAGCCCGCACCCCCUGCAGUUUCUUUCCCUGAGGGCCACAUGCCCUUCUGGAUCACGCUCCAUUUUUCUAGAUUGCCAAGUAUGAAAAUGGAGGAGCAAGACCUUAUGGGCUCUGCCUUAGGGAAGAGAGCAGAAGAAAAAGGAAAAGCCCUUCAUGUCCUCCAGGCUGGGAGUAUUGGGGAAUAUCUGAAAAGGAGGCCAAGGGAACAGGUUAAGCAGGAACCAGGAGAGGGCUCACUUCAGCUGUGGGAAGCCCAGUGGCGGGAGUUCCUGAAGACAGUGGAAUCCCCCGAAGCACACUGGGCAAACCCACCCCUGCCAGAAGAGCCCACCCCGUGGGAUGAUGCCAAGGCCUUCCUGGCCUCCUUCGAGCAAGUGGCCAAAUCCUGCCGGUGGCCCCAGGAAGACUGGACAGCCCGUCUCUUGCCAGCCCUCUGCGGGGAGGCCGAGCAGGCCUUUAUCAGCUUGGAGGCCAGAGACAGAGAGGAUUAUGGGAAGGUGAAGGCAGCCAUCUUGCGUGGGGACGCUGUGAAGAGGGAGAAGAAUCGCCAACGCUUCCGGCGUUUCUGCUACCAGGAGGCCGAGGAGCCGAGAGGGGCUUACAGGCGGCUCCAGGAACUCUGCCGACGAUGGCUGAAGGUGGAGAGGCACUCCAAGGAGCAGAUCCUGGAGCUGCUGAUCCUGGAGCAGUUCCUGGCCAUCUUGCCACCGGAGAUCCAGUGCUGGGUGAGGGAGCACGGCCCGGAGACUUGCUCCCAGGCAGUAGCCCUGGCCGAGGAUUUCCUGCUGAGACAACGAGAAGCCAAGAGGCAAGCAAACCAGGGUUCCUCUCUGCUGUUACAGAUGGUACUUGAGAAGGCAGCUCUGGGUUCCUCUGAGGCAGGAUGGGCUCCACCUGAGGUCGAGCAGAGGCAGGUGUGCAGAGAGACCAAGCAAGAAUAUGAGGAGGCGGCCAACUUGUUGGCAGGAGCUGAGUGGGACUGCGAGGAUGAGGAGGAACCAGACGGGAUACCUUCGCAAACACUUCUGCAUCAAGAGGAAGAAGAGAAUGCUGGUGAUCAGAGUGGACCAAACAGGCAGCAGAGAAGAAAUUUGGAACCAAAUGAGAAGAGGAGGAAUAAAUCUGUUGCCAUUCAGGUUGGCAAUUUCCAUGAAUUCCUGAGCCAACAGAAGGGAAAGAGAUCAAAUAAGUGUGCCGUGUGUGGCAAAUGCUUCAGUUGCAAAUCAAGCCUCAAGGCACAUCAGAGAGUCCACACAGGAGAGAAACCCUAUAAGUGUUCAGAAUGUGGAAAGAGCUUCAUUCAAGUCUCGAACCUCACUGCACAUAAAAGAACCCACACAGGAGAGAAACCUUACAACUGCUCAGAGUGUGGAAAGUGCUUCAGCCGGAGUGACCAUCUUACUUUACAUCAAAGGACACACACAGGGGAGAAACCUUAUAUGUGUGUUGAGUGUGGGAAGAGUUUUAGUCAGAGCACAGACCUUACCUCACAUCAGAGAAUUCACACUGGAGAAAAACCUUAUAAAUGUUUGGAGUGUGGAAAGAAUUUCAGCCGGAGUUACCGUCUUACUAUACAUCAGAGAAUGCACACAGGGGAGAAGCCAUAUAAAUGCUUGGAGUGUGGAAAGAGCUUCAGUCGGAGCGACCAUCUUACUUCACAUAAAAAAAUGCACACAAGGGAGAAAUCAUAACUUUUACCCUGUUAUUAGCCAUCUGAGAAUUCCUCAAAAUGCUCAGUUUAGCGAAAGCUGUUAUGAUAAAUCAAGCUUGAUUAUACAU